AUGUCCGCAGGUCAUGGACAAAAACAACUCGGGUACGCGAAAACGUUCGAGUUCGACGUCGUCGUGGUUUUUAUAAUUUUGGUGUUGAUACCAAUCUCCAUUUUUAUGAUGCAAUCGAAACGGAGUCAAACGAAAAGGAUUGGAAGUUUCGUCCUCUUAGGGGGCUCGUUUUUGUAUCUCGCCGUGUUUGAAGGGGUGGUGCGAUUGAGGGAGACGGAACGGGCGAGCGAGAUUGGUUUACGCGGGAUGAUUGGAGGUGGUGGUUAUGGCGGCGCGUCGUCGUCGUCCGCGUGGUCGAAAAGGAAGCGAAGGGGAGUCGUCCAGAAGUCGUCUUCGUUCUCGGGAACCACCGUGUUCACAUCCGAGAAAAAGGAUAAAAAGACGACGAAAACAACAAAGACGUUGCAAUAUUUUUCGUUGCGCGAUGUGCCGAGCGAAAACGAGGCGAUGUUUCGAGACGAACGGAUUCGAGAGUCGAAAAAAACGAUCGAUGGAUCAAUAAUUGCAGCGCACGUGGAGCAAAGGUUCUCCGGGGGCGAUGCGUUCUUUCAAGAGGCGUUUAGAGAGUACGAGAGAGUGGAAAAAGUGAAAACGGCGAGAGUUUCCGCGAGCAACGACAAGAGCGCAAUCGAUGAUGAUGUGGGGACGGUAUCUGUCACCAGUGAUGGUGGUACUGUUCUAACUCCUCAACGCAUGCAAUCUAUGUUUCCAGAACAUUUAUCCUUCCGAACCGUAUUCGUUGUGCGGGAUCCCAGAGAUGUUAUCACGUCCUCGUACCUCUCGAUAAUCUCAACGCUGGAGGAAUGGGCGCGGACGAAACGAGACGAUUUGGACGGUUCAAGCUUCCAAUCCGUGAUGCGAAACAAUUUAAACGCUGAAAUUGCAUUGGAUGUGGAAAUUGUGCGGUUCAUGAGCGCGAGCGUGGACGUACCAUUCUUUACCGGUCUCGAGAACGCUGUGGCUGCUGAGAUUGAAAAAUCAAACGGGGCGUACGCCAACGCGAUACUCUCUUUCGCCGAAGCUAUGCUCGACGCAAACGAUCAAACGGCAAAGAAUUCCAUCAUCUUUGUUAAAUAUUCCGAGCUUCUUUCUGCCAACGUGACUGGAUUCCGCAAACUCUCCGAGUUUCUUCGAGGAGACUACUCUCUAGAACAGAGCUUUGUCGCGGCCUCCGCCUCGCUCCGAAAGAGAGCGGAAACCGAACCUUUCCUCAUCGCCUCUCUCGUCUCCAAAAACGACGACACGAUCUAUCGUCACAAAAAAGACAUCAUCACCAAAGAGCAAGAAAUUAUCACUCCACCAUCGAUCUACAAAGCGCACAUGACGGCGCGAAAUCAGGAGCAUUUUUUCUUACUCGGAAAACCUCUUUUGAGUUUCCUCGCCAUCGACGAAGACGACGACGAAAACGAAGACGACGACGAAAACCUCUUCGCCGAUUUCGACGCCGUCGACGGUGCCGUGCUCAACCCUUGGUAA